GGAAAGGGAGCCAUUUCCUUUCUGGUCUGGAAAAGAGCUGCCCGUCUGUUGGCCCUGCCUAAGACUGGAGCAGCAUCUGCUCAGCUGCCCACACCCAGCAGAAGAGUGAACACUCGUGAGGAACCUCGUCUCCUUGCUUGGUCAGGACAGAGGUUUCGAGUGGCUCCAGAGACGGGUGGGGAGUGAGCCCCCCACACACGGUGCUGCGUCAGGGUCUCUGUGCGCCGGCCAGAUGACCGUGCUGUAAGGAAGUGCCAUGAUGACCAUCACGCCGGACGUCAGGUUGGAGUAUUUAGAGGGAGUAGCUUCCCUCAUUCUGAAGUUCAAGCCAGACAAGUGGAGCAAGUUGAUCGGGGCCGAGGAGAACAUGGCCUUAUUCACCGAAUUCUUCGAGAAGCCAGAAGUCCUGGUUCUGGUGUUGACGCUCAGCCCCGCCGGCAUGAUCAUACCCUGCCUGGGCUUCCCCGCCUCCCUCAAGUCCAAAGGGGUUUACUUCAUCAAGAAGGGACGGGAGAACAUCAGCAAGGGUACCUACAAGGACCGCCUCAUCUACGGGGACAUAAGCCCUGCGCCCGUGGAACAGCUGAUUGCCGUUGUGGAGGAGGUGCUCUACUCCCUGUUAAACCAAAGUGAAAACUUGAGCGGAUGGCCCCGGGUGGUCUCGGAAGACAUCGUGAAGCAAGUCCACAAGCUGAAGAAUGAGAUGUUCGUGAUGGGGGGCAAGAUCAAAGGGAAGACCCUGCUGCCCAUCCCGGAGCACCUGGGGAGUCUGGAUGGCACUCUGGAGUCCAUGGAGAGGAUGCCCCCUCCUCUGGACAACUCAUUGCUGCAUGGCAUCGAGACCAUCAUCAUCGACUGGUCCCACCAGAUCCGGGACGUGCUGAGUAAAGACUCGGCCCGGCCCCUGCUGGACGGGCUACACCCCCUGCCCCGAGUUGAGUUUGAGUUCUGGGAUGCCCGGCUGAUGAAUCUCAAGUGCAUCCAUGAGCAGCUGAAUAGGCCCAAAGUGAACAAAAUAGUUGAGAUCCUGGAAAAAGCCAAAAGCUGCUACUGCCCAGCCCUGCAAAAUGUGUACACGGACGUCACGGAGGGGUUGAAGGAGGCCAGCGACAUCGUUCUGUAUCUGAAGCCUCUGAGGAUCCUACUGGAGGAGAUGGAGCAAGCCGACUUCACGAUGCUCCCGACCUUCAUUGCGAAGGUGCUCUACACCAUCUGCUUCAUCUGGGCCAUGUCCGAGCACUACAACACGCCCUCCAGGCUCAUCGUCAUCCUGCAGGAGUUUUGCAACCAAAUCAUCGAGAUGACGCGCACUUUCCUGAGCCCAGAAGAGGUGCUGAAAGGCUUGCAGGGAGAAACAGAGGAGAUUCUGAGCAACAUCUCUCUGUCCGUGAACGUUCUGAAGGAGCUUUACCGCACCUAUGAUUUCUGCUGCGCAAACAUGAAGUUUUUCUUUAAGGACAAGGAGCCGGUGCCCUGGGAAUUCCCUUCUUCUCUGGCAUUUUCCAGGAUGAAUUCCUUCUUCCGUCGCAUCCAGACCAUUGAGGAUCUUUAUAAAACAGCUACUGAGUUUCUGAAGCUGGAGAAGAUCGAGCUCGGGGGAGUGAGGGGCAACAUCCUUGGCAGCGUGGUUGCUCGGAUUUACGAUGAGGUCUUUGAGCUGGUGAAGGUUUUUGCUGAAUGCAAAUAUGACCCCUUGGACCCUGGAGACUCCAGUUUUGAUGACGAUUACACUGAUUUUGAGACCAAAAUUCAAGAUCUGGAUAGGCGGCUGGCCACGAUCUUUUGCCAAGGGUUUGACGACUGUAGGUCCAUCGAGUCCUGUGCCAAGCUCCUGCACAUGUGCGGGGGCCUCCUGGAGCGGCCCCUGAUCCUUGCGGAGGUGGUGCCCAGGUACUCGGUCAUGCUGGAGCUCUUUGACGCCGAGCUGGACAACACCAAGACCUUGUAUGACGCGCAGCUUGUGGCCUCUGCAGACGGGAAUAUCCCCCUGAUCCACAAGAACAUGCCCCCCGUGGCUGGGCAGCUCAAGUGGAGCCUGGAGCUGCAGGAGAGGCUGGAGGCACCCAGGCGGGACCUGAAGCUCAUAGAGCACCCGGUCAUGUCCAGCUCGGAGGCCCAGCUGAUCUACCAGAAGUAUGACGAGAUGCUGGAGCUGCUGAGGCGCUACCGAGAGAAGAUCUACCAGCAGUGGGUGGCCGGCGUGGACCAAGACUGCCACUUCAACCUGGGGCAGCCCCUGAUACGGCGAGACCCAGUCACCAACCUCAUCCAAGUCAACUUCAGCAAAGCGUUGGUGGCAGUUCUGAGAGAAGUCAAGUACUUGGGCUUCCAGCAACAGAAAGAGAUUCCAAGCAGUGCCGAGAAUCUGUUCUCACAGCAUGAAACCUUCCGGAAGUUUGUGGGCAACUUGGAACUCAUCGUUGGCUGGUACAAUGAGAUAAAGACCACGGUGAUGGAAGUAGAAUCUCCACUAAUAAAGUCGGAACUGGAAGACAUCGAUGUCAAACUACUGAGUGCUGAAACCAUGCUCUUCUGGAACAGCGAAGGUGUGUUAGAAUAUAUUCAAGAGAUGCGAGAAAUUCUCCAAAACUUGCAGAAUAGGAUACAGAAAGCGAAGCAGAAUAUAGAUGGAAUUUCUCAGGCCAUGAAGGACUGGUCAGCCAACCCAAUGUUUGAGAGGAAGGACAAUAAGAAGGAGGCCCUGCUGGAUUUGGAUGGAAGGGUGGUCAACCUCAACAGGCGCUACACUGCGGUCAAGGAGGCCGGCCUGAAGAUCCAGGCCAUGGUCACGGAAAAUGCUGAACUGUUCAGAGCAGAUACGACGAGCCAGUCCUGGAAAGACUACAUCAACUAUGUUGACAACAUGGUCCUGGACGAAUUUGACCAUUUCAUCCGCAAAUCUCUGAAUUACUUCAUAGACAACAUGGUCUUGGAUGAGAGCGUGGCACCACUCCUUGAGGUCCGCAUGGAGCUAGACGAGGACGGGCUGGUCUUCCAUCCAACCCUGGAGAUGGGCGCGGACCAUGGCUUCCUGGCGCUGAUUGAGGGCCUGAUCAAUGACAUCUACAACGCAGCCAAGCUCAUCCCCCGGCUGGCCAGGGGCCAAAUGAGCUACAAGGCAGACCUGGAAGACAUGACAGACCUCAUAGAGAUGAGGGAGGAGAUGUCCAACCUGGUCAUCAGCGCCAUGAAGGAGGCCGAGGAAUACCAAGACUCCUUCGAGAGGUACUCCUACCUCUGGAUGGACGACCCCCGGGAGUUCAUGAAGAACUUCCUGAUCUACGGGCACACGGUCACCCCGGAGGACUUGGACACCCGGGCCGAAGAGACCCUCUCCAAGGCGCCACCCAGCCUCACCCAGUUCCAGCAGCAGAUCGAUUCCUACGAGAAGCUGUACGAGGAAGUGGCCAAGUGUGAGAACACCAAGGUGUUCAACGGCUGGCUUCAGUGUGACUGCCGCCCCUUCAAGCAGGCCCUCCUCAACAUCAUCAAGCGCUGGAGCUUGAUGUUCAAGCGACACCUGGGCGACCACGUCAUCAACAGCCUGGCUGACCUGGAAGCCUUCAUGAAAGUCACCAGGACAGGCUUAACCAAGACCCUCAAGGAGGGGGAUUACGACGGUCUCGUGGAGGUGAUGGGUCAUCUGAUGAAGGUCAAGGAGAAGCAGGUGGCCACCGACAACAUGUUUGAGCCCCUGAAGCAAACCAUCGAGCUGCUCAAGACCUACGGGGAGGAGAUACUGGAAGAGACACACCUGAAGCUGCAGGAGCUGCCGGAGCAGUGGACAAACACCAAGAAGCUGGCGAUCCAGGUGAAGCAGAACGUGGCACCCCUGCAGGCCAACGAGGUCAACAUCCUGCGGCGGAAGUGCCAGCAAUUCGAGCUCAAGCAGCAGGAGUUCAGAGAGAAGUUCCGGCAAGAAGCCCCGUUCAGCUUCACUGACCCUGACCCCUACAAGUCCCUGAAUAAGCAACAAAAGAGCAUCGCAUCCAUGGAGAGCACCAUGGAGGCCCUGUGCAAGUCUGGGAGCCUGUUCGAAGUCACAGUCCCAGACUACAAGCAGCUCAAAGCUUGUCACAAAGAAGUCCGCCUGCUGAAGGAGCUCUGGGACAUGAUCGUCAUGGUGAACACCAGCAUCGACAAAUGGAAGACCACCAAGUGGAAAGAUAUCAACGUUGAGCAGAUGGACAUAGAUUGUAAGAAGUUUGCCAAAGACGUGAGGUCUCUGGACAAGGAGAUGAAGAGCUGGGACGCCUUCGUGGGGCUGGAAAAUACCGUGAAGAACAUGAUCACAUCCCUGAGCGCCGUGAGUGAGCUGCAGAACCCCGCCAUCCGGGACCGCCACUGGCAGCAGCUCACACAGGCCACCCAGGUGAAAUUUGAAAUGUCAGAUGAGACCACCCUGGCAGAUUUACUGAAGCUGAACCUCCACAAAUACGAGGACGAGGUCCGAAAUAUCGUUGACAAGGCUGUGAAAGAGUCUGGGAUGGAAAAGGUGCUGAAAUCCCUGGAUGCCACAUGGUCCACCAUGGAGUUUGAGCAUGAGCCACACCCACGCACAGGCACCAUGAUGCUCAAGUCAGACGAGGUGCUGGUGGAGACCCUGGAAGACAACCAGGUGCAGCUGCAGAACCUGAUGAUGUCCAAGUACCUGUCCCACUUCCUGAAGGAGGUGACGAGCUGGCAGCAGAAGCUGUCCACGGCGGACUCCAUCAUCUCAAUCUGGUUUGAGGUCCAGAGGACCUGGAGCCACCUGGAGAGCAUCUUCAUUGGCUCCGAGGACAUCCGCGCCCAGCUGCCGGAGGACUCCAAGCGCUUUGACGAUAUUGACAUGGAGUUCAAGGCCCUGAUGGAAGAGGCGGUGAAAACCCCCAACGUGAUAGAAGCCACCAACAAGCCUGGUCUCUACGACAAACUGGAAAAUCUGAAGAAGAGCUUGGCUGUGUGCGAGAAGGCCUUGGGAUAUUUAGAGACGAAAAGACUGGCUUUCCCGAGGUUCUACUUUGUCUCCUCGGCUGACCUCCUGGACAUCCUCUCUAACGGAAAUGACCCCCGUGAGGUGAGCCGCCACCUGGCCAAGCUCUUCGACAGCCUGUGUAGACUCAAGUUUCGCCUUGACGCUGACGAGAAGCCUCUCAAAUUCGGCCUGGGCAUGUUCAGCAAGGAGGACGAGUACGUGGACUUCGACCAGGAGUGUGACCUCUCAGGGCAGGUGGAAGUGUGGCUGAACCGAGUGCUGGACCGCAUGUGUGCCACUCUGCGGCACGAAAUCCCAGAGGCCGUGGUGACGUACGAGGAAAAGCCGAGGGAGCAGUGGAUCUUCGAUUACCCCGCCCAGAUUGCGCUCACGUGCACGCAGAUCUGGUGGGCCACCGAGGUGGGCCUGGCGUUCUCGCGGCUAGAGGAAGGUUAUGAAAACUCCAUCAAGGAUUACAACAAAAAGCAGAUCAGCCAGCUGAACGCGCUCAUCACCCUGCUCAUUGGAAACCUCAAUGCGGGUGACAGGAUGAAGAUCAUGACCAUCUGCACCAUCGAUGUGCAUGCCCGGGACGUGGUCGCCAAAAUGAUCACAGCCAAGGUGGAGAGCUCCCAGGCCUUCACCUGGCAGUCUCAGCUCCGGCAUCGCUGGGACGAAGAGAAGAAGCAUUGCUUCGCCAACAUCUGUGACGCCCAAAUCCAGUACUCCUACGAAUACCUGGGCAACACGCCGCGGCUGGUCAUCACCCCACUCACGGACAGAUGCUACAUAACCUUGACCCAGUCCCUGCACCUGAUCAUGGGCGGGGCCCCCGCUGGCCCUGCUGGGACCGGCAAGACGGAGACGACCAAGGAUCUGGGCAGGGCCCUGGGCACCAUGGUGUAUGUCUUCAACUGCUCGGAGCAAAUGGACUACAAGUCCUGUGGGAACAUCUACAAGGGCCUGGCUCAGACUGGAGCGUGGGGUUGCUUCGAUGAAUUCAACCGAAUCUCGGUGGAGGUCUUGUCCGUGAUCGCUGUGCAGGUUAAAUGUGUCCAAGAUGCAAUUCGGGCCAAGAAAAAAACAUUCAGUUUCCUGGGAGAGAUGAUAAGUCUCAUCCCCACUGUGGGCAUUUUCAUCACCAUGAACCCUGGGUAUGCAGGACGCGCCGAGCUGCCCGAGAAUUUAAAGGCCUUAUUCAGGCCCUGCGCCAUGGUGGUUCCCGACUUUGAACUGAUAUGUGAGAUCAUGCUGGUGGCCGAGGGCUUUCUGGAAGCCCGCCUGCUGGCCAGGAAGUUCAUCACACUCUAUACCUUGUGCAAAGAGCUCCUGUCGAAGCAGGAUCAUUACGACUGGGGCUUGCGAGCCAUCAAGUCUGUGCUGGUGGUGGCCGGCUCCCUGAAGAGGGGUGACCCCAGCCGGGCAGAGGACCAGGUGCUCAUGAGGGCGCUAAGAGACUUCAACAUCCCCAAGAUCGUGACUGACGACCUGCCCGUGUUCAUGGGGCUGAUCGGGGACCUUUUCCCUGCCCUGGACGUGCCUCGGAAGCGGGACCUGAAUUUUGAAAAGGUCAUCAAGCAGAGCAUCGUGGAGCUCAAGCUGCAGGCGGAAGACAACUUUGUGCUGAAGGUCGUGCAGCUCGAGGAGCUGCUGCAAGUGCGCCACUCGGUGUUUGUCAUCGGGAACGCGGGCAGUGGCAAAUCUCAGGUCCUCAGGUCUCUCAACAAGACCUAUCAGAACAUGAAGAGGAAGCCGGUUGCCGUGGACCUGGACCCCAAGGCUGUCACCUGUGAUGAGCUGUUUGGCAUCAUCAACCCAGCCACCAGGGAGUGGAAAGACGGCCUUUUCUCCACCAUAAUGCGGGAUCUGGCCAACAUCACUCAUGAUGGCCCCAAGUGGAUUGUCUUGGACGGAGACAUAGACCCGAUGUGGAUUGAAUCUCUUAACACCGUGAUGGAUGACAACAAGGUCCUCACCCUGGCCAGCAAUGAGCGAAUCCCCCUGAACCGCACCAUGAGGCUGGUGUUCGAGAUCAGCCACCUGAGGACGGCCACCCCGGCCACCGUCUCCAGAGCCGGCAUUCUUUACAUCAACCCCGCAGAUCUGGGGUGGAACCCGGUGGUGAGCAGCUGGAUUGAGAGGCGCAAGGUGCAGUCUGAGAAGGCCAACCUGAUGAUCCUCUUCGACAAGUACCUGCCCACGUGCCUGGAUAAGUUGCGCUUUGGGUUUAAGAAGAUCACGCCCAUACCGGAGAUCACAAUCACCCAGAUGAUCCUGUACCUGCUCGAGUGCCUCCUCACAGAGAAGAACGCGCCACCCGACUCCCCCAAAGAGCUGUACGAGCUCUACUUUGUGUUUGCCUGCUUCUGGGCUUUCGGGGGAGCCAUGUUCCAGGACCAGCUUGUAGAUUAUCGAGUCGAGUUCAGCAAAUGGUGGAUCAAUGAAUUUAAAACGAUCAAGUUCCCCUCGCAGGGAACGAUCUUCGACUACUACAUAGAUCCUGACACUAAAAAGUUCCUGCCGUGGACGGAAAAAGUGCCUGCCUUUGAGCUGGACCUGGACAUCCCACUGCAGGCCUCUCUGGUGCACACCACAGAAACCAUCCGAAUCCGCUACUUCAUGGACCUGCUCAUGGAGAAGUCGUGGCCAUUGAUGCUGGUGGGGAACGCGGGCACGGGCAAGUCCGUGCUGAUGGGGGACAAGCUGGAGAGCCUCAACACCGACGACUACCUAGUUCAGGCUGUGCCCUUCAACUUCUACACCACCUCAGCCAUGCUGCAGGGGGUUCUUGAGAAGCCACUGGAGAAGAAAUCUGGUAGGAACUACGGCCCCCCAGGCACCAAGAAGCUGAUCUACUUCAUCGACGACAUGAACAUGCCUGAGGUGGACAAGUAUGGGACAGUGGCCCCCCACACACUCAUCCGGCAGCACAUGGACCAUGGGCAUUGGUAUGACAGACAGAAGCUCACAUUGAAGGACAUCCAUAACUGCCAGUACGUGGCUUGCAUGAACCCCACCUCUGGAUCCUUCACCAUCGAUCCCAGGCUCCAGCGCCAUUUCUGUGUGUUUGCUGUGAGCUUCCCAGGCCAGGAGGCCCUCACCACCAUCUACAGCACAAUCCUGGCCCAGCACCUGGCCUUCCGCUCGGUCCCCGUGGUGGUUCAGAGGGUGAGCGGCCAGCUCGUGGCCUCGGCCCUGGCCCUGCAUCAGAAAGUCACUGCAACAUUUCUUCCCACGGCCAUUAAAUUUCACUAUGUCUUCAAUCUCAGGGAUCUCUCCAAUAUUUUCCAGGGACUCUUAUUCUCCACAGUGGAGAUCCUGAGAAUACCACUUGACCUAGUCCGCCUCUGGCUGCACGAAGCUGAGAGGGUGUAUGGAGACAAAAUGGUUGACGAGAAAGACCAGGAAACAUUGCGCAGGGUCACCAUUGCUUCCACCAAGAAAUUCUUUGAUGAUCUUGGGGAUGAGCUCCUAUUUGCCAAACCAAAUCUCUUCUGCCACUUUUCUCACGGGAUCGGUGAGCCCAAAUACCUCUCGGUAACCAACGUGGCUCAUCUGAACAAACUCCUAGUGGACGUCCUAGACAGUUACAAUGAAGUCAACGCAGUCAUGAACUUGGUGCUGUUUGAAGAUGCGGUGGCUCACAUCUGCAGGAUCAACCGCAUCCUGGAGUUGCCCCGUGGGAAUGCCCUGCUGGUGGGUGUGGGCGGCAGCGGCAAGCAGAGCCUCUCACGCCUGGCCGCCUACAAGGCACUGGACGUGUUCCAGAUCACCCUCAAAGGCUACGGGAUCCCUGACCUCAAGGUUGACCUGAGCACACAGUACAUAAAGUCGGCGGUGAAGAACGUCCCCUCGGUGUUCCUGAUGACAGACUCCCAGGUGGCCGAGGAGCAGUUUCUGGUGCUGAUCAAUGACCUUCUGGCCUCGGGGGAGAUCCCUGGGCUGUUCAUGGACGACGAGGUGGAGAACAUCAUCUCCUCCAUGCGACCACAAGUGAAGUCCCUCGGCAUGACUGACACUCGGGAAGCAUGCUGGAAAUUCUUCAUUGAGAAAGUGCGCAGGCAGCUUAAGGUGAUCCUAUGUUUCUCUCCCGUGGGCUCCAUCCUGCGCGUGCGGGCAAGGAAAUUCCCUGCCAUCGUCAACUGCACGGCCAUCAACUGGUUCCACGAGUGGCCGGAAGACGCCCUUGUGUCCGUGAGUGCACGCUUCCUCGAGGAAACCGAGGGUAUUCACCCAGAAGUCAAGGCCUCCAUCAGCCUCUUCAUGUCCUAUGUGCACACAACAGUCAACGAGAUGUCCAAGUUGUACUUGGCCACGGAGAGGCGCUACAAUUACACCACACCCAAAACCUUCCUGGAGCAGAUCAAACUUUACCAGAACCUGCUGGCCAAGAAGAGAAUGGAGCUGGUGGCCAAGAUCGAGAGGCUGGAGAAUGGUCUGAUGAAGCUGCAGAGCACAGCGUCCCAGGUGGAUGAUUUAAAAGCCACGCUGGCGAUUCAGGAGGCUGAACUCAAGCAGAAAAAUGAGAAUGCGGACAAGCUCAUCCACGUGGUGGGCGUGGAAACUGAGAAGGUCAGCAAAGAGAAAGCCAUCGCCGACGAGGAAGAGGCCAAGGUGGAGGUCAUCAACAAGAAUGUCACAGAGAAACAAAAGGCUUGUGAAACGGACCUGGCCAAGGCCGAGCCAGCCCUCCUGGCCGCGCAGGAAGCUCUCGACACUCUGAAUAAGAACAACCUGACAGAGCUGAAGUCCUUCGGAUCCCCCCCGGAUGCCGUGGUCAACGUCACGGCCGCUGUCAUGAUCCUGACCGCGCCCGGGGGCAAGAUCCCCAAGGAUAAGAGCUGGAAAGCUGCGAAAAUCAUGAUGGGCAAAGUGGACACCUUCCUGGACUCCCUGAAAAAGUUUGACAAGGAGCACAUCCCCGAGGCCUGCCUGACAGCAUUUAAGCCCUACCAAGGCAACCCGACCUUCGACCCCGAGUUCAUCCGCUCCAAGUCCACGGCGGCCGCGGGCCUAUGCUCCUGGUGCAUCAACAUCGUCCGCUUCUACGAGGUGUACUGCGACGUGGCCCCCAAGAGGCAGGCCCUGGAGGAGGCGAACGCCGAGCUGGCUGAGGCGCAGGAGAAGCUCUCACGGAUCAAAAACAAGAUUGCGGAACUCAAUGCCAACCUGAGCAACCUCACGUCGGCCUUUGAAAAGGCAACAGCAGAGAAGAUCAAGUGCCAACAAGAGGCCGACGCCACGAACAGGGUGAUCUCGCUGGCCAACAGGCUGGUAGGGGGAUUAGCGUCGGAGAAUGUGCGCUGGGCUGAAUCGGUGAAGAACUUCAAAAGCCAGGGGGUCACUCUGUGCGGGGACGUCCUGCUGAUUUCUGCCUUCGUAUCCUACGUGGGCUACUUCACCAAGAAAUACCGAAAUGAGCUGAUGGAGAAAUUUUGGGUCCCUUAUAUAAAUCGGUUAAAGGUCCCCAUCCCGAUCACGGAAGGUCUGGACCCCUUGAGCCUGCUGACGGAUGACGCAGACGUGGCCACUUGGAACAACCAGGGCCUCCCCAGCGACCGCAUGUCCACUGAGAAUGCCACCAUCCUGUGCAACACGGAGCGCUGGCCCCUCAUCGUGGAUGCCCAGCUGCAAGGAAUCAAGUGGAUCAAAAACAACUAUGGCAGUGAACUGAAAGCCAUCCGCCUGGGGCAGAAGAGCUACCUGGACAUCAUUGAGCAGGCCAUUUCUGAAGGGGACAUCUUGCUCAUCGAGAACAUUGGCGAAACCGUGGACCCUGUGCUGGACCCGCUGCUCGGCAGGAACACCAUUAAAAAGGGAAAGUUCAUUAAGAUCGGCGACAAGGAGGUGGAGUACCACCCCAAGUUCCGUCUCAUCCUGCACACCAAGUACUUCAACCCACACUACAAGCCCGAGAUGCAAGCCCAGUGCACCCUGAUCAACUUCCUGGUCACCAGGGACGGGCUCGAGGACCAGCUCUUAGCUGCCGUGGUGGCCAAAGAGCGCCCGGAUCUAGAGCAGCUGAAGGCGAACCUCACCAAGUCCCAAAAUGAAUUCAAGAUUGUUUUGAAGGAGCUGGAAGACUCCCUGCUGGCCCGGCUGUCGGCCGCGUCGGGGAACUUCCUAGGGGACACAGCCUUAGUAGAGAAUCUGGAGACCACCAAGCACACGGCCAGCGAGAUCGAGGAGAAGGUGAAAGAGGCAAAAAUCACAGAGGUUAAAAUCAAUGAGGCCAGAGAGAACUACCGGCCAGCUGCAGAGAGGGCAUCCCUGCUAUACUUCAUACUGAACGACCUCAACAAGAUCAACCCCAUCUAUCAGUUCUCGCUCAAGGCCUUCAACGUGGUAUUUGAUAAGGCCAUCCAGAAGAGCACCCCCGCAGAGGAGGUCAGGCAGCGAGUAAUCAACCUGACGGACGAGAUCACCUACUCCGUCUACAUGUACACGGCCCGCGGGCUCUUCGAGCGGGACAAGCUCAUCUUCCUGGCCCAGGUGGCCUUCCAGGUCUUGUCCAUGAAGAAAGAGCUGAACCCAGUCGAGCUGGAUUUCCUCCUGCGGUUCCCUUUCAAGGCGGGAGUCCAGUCGCCGGUGGACUUCCUGCAGCACCAGGGGUGGGGCGGCAUCAAGGCCCUGUCAGAGAUGGAUGAGUUCAAGAACCUGGACAACGACAUCGAAGGGUCUGCCAAGCGGUGGAAGAAGCUGGUGGAGUCGGAAGCCCCUGAGAAGGAAAUCUUCCAGGAGUGGAAGAACAAAACGGCAUUGCAGAAGCUGUGCAUGGUGAGGUGCAUGCGGCCAGACCGCAUGACCUACGCCAUCAAGAACUUUGUGGAGGAGAAGAUGGGCAGCAAGUUCGUGGAGGGCCGGAGCAUCGAGUUUUCCAAGUCCUACGAGGAGAGCAGCCCUUCUACUCCGAUUUUCUUCAUCCUUUCCCCAGGCGUUGACCCCCUCAAAGACGUGGAAGCCCUGGGGAAAAAGCUGGGAUUUACCAUAGACAACGGGAAACUGCAUAACGUGUCCCUGGGGCAGGGACAGGAGGUGGUGGCCGAGGACGCUCUGGACACGGCUGCAGAGAUGGGACACUGGGUCAUUCUUCAGAACAUCCACCUUGUGGCGCGGUGGCUGGGCACCCUGGAUAAGAAGGUGGAGCGCUCCGGCGCGGGCAGCCACGAGGACUACCGCGUGUUCAUCAGCGCCGAGCCCGCCCCCAGCCCCGAGUCCCACAUCAUCCCCCAGGGCAUCCUGGAGAACGCCAUCAAAAUCACCAAUGAGCCACCCACGGGCAUGCACGCCAACCUGCACAAGGCUCUGGACCUCUUCACCCAGGACACCCUGGAGAUGUGCACCAAGGAGAUCGAGUUCAAGUGCAUCCUCUUCGCCCUGUGCUACUUCCACGCCGUGGUGGCCGAGAGGCGCAAGUUUGGGGCCCAGGGCUGGAACAGGUCGUACCCCUUCAACAACGGGGACCUCACCAUCUCCAUCAACGUGCUCUACAACUACCUGGAGGCCAACACCAAGGUGCCCUGGGACGACCUCCGCUACCUGUUUGGAGAAAUCAUGUACGGCGGCCACAUCACGGAUGACUGGGACCGGCGGCUGUGCAGGACGUACCUGGCGGAGUACGUGCGGGCGGAGAUGCUAGAGGGCGAGAUCCUGCUGGCACCGGGCUUUCAGAUCCCCCCCAACCUGGAUUACAAGGGUUACCACGAGUACAUCAAUGAGAACCUGCCCCCCGAGAGUCCCUACCUGUAUGGCCUGCACCCCAAUGCAGAGAUUGGCUUCUUGACAGUCACGUCAGAGAAACUGUUCCGCACCGUCCUGGAAAUGCAGCCCAAAGAGACCAACUCAGGAGCAGGCACUGGAGUAUCUCGUGAGGAGAAGGUGAAGGCCGUGCUGGAGGAGAUCCUGGAGAAGAUCCCGGAGAUGUUCAACAUGGCCGAGAUCAUGGCAAAGGUGGCUGAGAAGACCCCCUACGUGGUGGUCGCCUUCCAGGAAUGUGAAAGAAUGAACAUCCUCACCAAUGAGAUGCGCCGCUCGCUGAAGGAGCUGAGCCUGGGGCUGAAGGGGGAACUGACCAUCACGACCGACAUGGAAGACCUGUCCACGGCGCUGUUCUACGACACCGUGCCCGACCCGUGGGUGGCCCGGGCCUACCCCUCCAUGAUGGGCCUGGCGGCCUGGUACACCGACCUGUUGCUCCGCAUCAGGGAGCUCGAGGCCUGGACGACAGACUUCACCCUGCCCACCACCGUGUGGCUGGCGGGCUUCUUCAACCCCCAGUCCUUCCUCACGGCCAUCAUGCAGUCCAUGGCCAGGAAGAAUGAGUGGCCGCUGGACAAGAUGUGUCUGUCUGUGGAAGUAACCAAGAAGAACCGGGAGGACAUGACGGCACCACCCCGAGAGGGCUCCUAUGUGUAUGGGCUCUUCAUGGAAGGCGCUCGCUGGGACACCCAGACUGGAGUCAUCGCUGAAGCCAGGCUGAAGGAACUGACGCCAGCCAUGCCCGUCAUCUUCAUCAAGGCCAUUCCUGUGGACCGCAUGGACACCAAGAACAUCUAUGAGUGUCCUGUGUACAAAACACGCAUCCGCGGCCCCACCUACGUCUGGACCUUUAACCUCAAGACCAAAGAGAAGGCAGCCAAGUGGAUCCUGGCAGGCGCGGCCCUGCUCUUACAGGUCUAGCGCAGCUGGUGCCAGGUUGACAAUCAGAAACUCAGCCCUGCAACUGUUACUUAUUUUUAUAGGAACUGACAGUUGCCUUUUGUUCUAAGUAACCCAGACACUUUAGAAGGACAUCAAGGUGGAUGGGCCAGAGGGUGGGGGCGGCGCUCAAGAGGGGGUGCGGGCCGGAUUAAAACAGAAGUCACUAAGUUGCGCUUGUCUGACUCACUGGAUCUGGGGGACUCCCCUGUUCCUGCUGCUGAGGCGAGCCCCCCAGGAGCCCAGCCCCCAAACCCUGCCGGCCCACAAGCAGCUCGGAGGUGUGGGCACAGCAGCCAUGGCCUCUGGCCUGAUGCACCACGCAAGCAACCCACCAGUGAGGGGCCAGGGCACCCAUACCAGCAGGAACUGCCACCUCCACACAGUCCCCUGAGGCGUUGUUCCCUUCUCCCAAGGACAGAGAACCUUUCUUGAUUCAGACAAAGCCUCCUCCCUCCCAGGUCCCAGGAGCUGAGACACGCCAGUCCAGGGGCAACUUUGUACUUUCAACAGCCCACUUUCUGAGCGUGCACAGAGAACAUUACGAACUUGGUUCCUGGGACCACCUUAACGUGUGUCCUUGGAGGUCACAGGCUUGUCAUGUCCACAGUAACUCCAGGAGGCCGUGGGUCCCUUUUCAGGAGGCACAGCACCUUCCUUUCCUCCUGCCCCUGCGGUCCCCACAUCCCGGGGUGUCCCCCGCCACACCCCGACUGCGGCCGGGCGAGCUGGGGCAUGGGCAGUGCCAGCACCAGAGGGCCAGUGCCCAGCAGCCGGGGAUCCUGACUUCCCCGGGGGACACGCGCUGCAGCGAGCACGGGAAGGCCGACACCCCCGCCCCUCUGCGUCUCUGUGUUCUGGGUCCCGGAACCUGUCCAGGGAGACAGGACUAAGGAAAACCACCAGUCUGAUGAGGAAAAGCACCCCAAGCACACACAGCCCGCUGCACCCGGGGGCCGGCACGUGCUGGUCCCAGGGCUACCCUGGGAUGACCUGGCUGACGCCUCAGGCCCUGUCUUUCCACGGCCAUUCCAGCCAAGUGAGUGGGCUGCCAUUCAGGGCUGGCCGGGCCGGCAGCGCACACAAGGGGAGGGAGGGAGGAGCCAGAACGCUGGGGAGCACUGGGAAGGCAGCUAGCAGAGCCCGCAAACCCCCGCGGAAGCCUGACACCCCUGACGUUCUCGGGCUCACAUACAGAGCACAGGAGCCCCUCCAGGAGCAUCUGGCCUCGGGCUAAGUUCAAUCUGAUCCUGAAGUUCUGUGAGAACUUUUUUCCAAGUAGUCUCACUGGAACCGCAAGAGAGGAGACUCCACCUAAGGUAACAAUCUCAACAGUCCUGGGGCCUGGUGGGACUCAAAAAAAGAGAAGGAAAAACGCCCCUCCAAUACUCGGGGGUGGUGGCUGAGAGUCCAAGCCCUUUGGGGCUGCCCUGCAGGAAGGCGGAGCUCCCACAGCGCUUGCUGGGCAGCCCCUCUGCCGGCCAGGAGGGGUCGCUGCUGCCCUUCGUGUCCCAGCCGGAGAGCCAGCGGAGCGGCCGCCACUCCUGGGACUAGACAACUACCAGCAGCCACCAGGCAACUCAGUUUUAAUCCCUGGUAAUAACCACAAAAUGGGAAGGUUUUGCAAUUUUGCCUGUAGAGCCUGAAAUAAAACAGCAAUUUCUUCCACACGUACUGUGGUUAGCUGACAAAAUGACCUCCCAACUUUCCAAGAGAUGAUUCACCUUUGGGUCGCCAUCCAGUGACAGGGACCCAGGGAUGGUGCCUCCGCAGGUGCUGUGGGACCUGGAGGCCCUGCCUCCUGGGGGGCCGGAGGGAGCACCCGGCGGGAGGGCCGGGGCCGGCUUGAGGUGGUUAGCAGAGACAAAGGGAGCAGCUGAGCAUGGAGGACACAGGCCCUGAUUGCUCAAGCCGGGCUGUGGCACAAUGUUGACUCUGGUCCCACAGAAUCUGCAGGAAUGUGAAUGCUGUUUACCGAAAGCCUCUCUCCAAACAAACCCAGUGCCCUGGCACAUUCUUUUGGCUUCUCUAGUCUAAUUGUCCCACAGGACAAUUUAGUAACUAGUUUGAAGGCAAACAGUGUUAAUGGACGUGCUGCUGCCCCGGAGCAGUGUAGCCACGGCCACCACUCCACCCGCUUCCCACCCACUAAACCCUGCAGAUCUGCCGGCCCUGGCGGGGAGGAGCUGCACAUGUUCUCAGCCUUCGUCGAGGCUCCCAGCACUGGAGAGCGCCACACACACAGCCAGGCUGUGUGGACGAGGCCAAUCACGCCUUCCAGAGCCCACGAAGGGGACCAUCGGCAGCAGCCAGUCCUCGGGAGGGAGCCACGUGAAGCGGCUUCUGGGGCAACGUGCAGGGUGGAAAGUAACCCGCCCUGACAAAGGAUGAGCAGCCAUACCCUGGGGCCCGAAGGCCUUCUCUUAGGAAGGUCUUUGUGCAAGGUUCAAGCACCUGGAGAUGUAGAGAUUGGGCAGCAAGGUUUUGAAAUCUGCUCCUGGAGACAUAGGGCAGUGAGGGGGAGAGGGGGGCACCCUGGCCUGUGACAAAUCUACAUGCUACGUGUUUUGAAGAUACCCUGCUGUGAGGUGACACAAACCAUGUUUUAGGCAGAUGCAAUAAAAAUGAGGUUCAUUCUUCAACAAAAAAUUUGCAAAGAAAAAAAAAAUGAGGGAAACCCACAGAUGAAAAGAGACUUAGGUGACAUAUCACCAUAUCAUAUCGGACCUUACCCGCAACCUCAAGUCAAACACACAGAAAAAUUUUAAUAAAAUAAAAAAUAUAAGGCAAACUGAAACUGUGAACACAUUCAGGGUAUUUGAUGACACUAAGGUAUUCUUGCUCAUGUUUCAGUCAGGUGUAAUACUGGUACAAGGUUUGGGGUGGGGUUUUUUAUGAGACUUUGUAUUUGGGGGGGUGGCAAUAUACACAUAUUAUCUGGAAAUACAGACCAGCAUGCAAACGUCAGAAGAAACAGGAGAGAGAGUCAAAAGUGGCUGCUCGGGAGGCAAGAGAGGCAGGAACCAGCUACUCGGUGUCAGAUCUCUAGCAUUUAUUUCUAAAUUUGUAUAUUAUUUGAAUAAAAUAAUAAAAUAAGUAAUGAAAAUAUGGAGGAAAAACUAAAUGAUGAAAUUAAAUAUGAUUUUGUUUUAAUGAGAGAAGCCCGGCACCAGCACCCAAGGGAGCCCCUGCCGUGGAACCGUGUUCACCCCUUCCCCGCACCUGGGCUGGCUGCCCAACACCCCCACCCAGAGCCGAGAGACGGGUCCCCUCUGGGGCCAUCCGGGGGGUGGGCAGGGUCCCUCGGGAGAGGCCCCACCUCUACCGGCAGCCGCACAGUCAAGCAGCAGCCUGGGUCCGCCUUGCUCGCGUCCCACCACGGGCCCCAGCCGGUGGCUCCGGGCGCUCAGCGGAAGCCUCCAUCCCCAGUGGCAGGCCCCUCCCAGGUGGGCAGAGCAUGUCCUGCCACCGAGCGUUCCCCCUGCUCCCACCGCCCUGGCUGCCCGCUUAGUGAUGCCAGCCUGGUCCGCAGUGCUGGCGUGAGGUGACAGGGCCACCCAAUCUAGCUUCGGGCCUGGAAAACUUUGGUGACAACCAUGGUGACCCGCGGGACAGAGGUCCUGGGAACCACCACCCCCCGGAGACAGAAGCCCCGGCCCCACACGUGGCCUCGCAAGGCAGCAC